AUGUCUGUGGAGGUCCCAAAACUCUAUCAUCCUAGUGGGAGAAGUCUUACUGAAUAUUUCUGGAACAGUUCAUCCUCACUCGUCGUAGAAACAUCAUCACUUAUGCAAGACGCUACAAUUAGUGUUGUCAGUGAAUUAUCAGAAGAGUCAUUUUCAUUUACUGUCUCUUUUACUAACAGUAUAGAAGCAACGGAAUCAUUAUCAGAAACAGCGUCCUCAACUGACGAAACAAACCACCCCCCCUCCCUUGAAACAACUCAGUUCUCUGGCUCGACAUUUUAUUACACUGAAACAGUUGAACAACUUACAGAAACACUGAAAUAUUCCAGUAAUUCACUAGAUAAUUUAGAUCUAUCAAAUUUUGACUCAUACACAGAUUCUGUUACAUCUUCCUCAACACUACCUGAGACAACAUUAAUAGGUGAUAUCUCAAUGGAAUUAACUGACAAUUUUAGCGAAUCUGUGAGUACAUACACCAACUAUGAAGAACUAAUACCCACCAACGAGAUGCCGUCUCACACAAAUUCUGAUAUCGGUGGCACUAUCGAGCCAUCGUUUACCUCAGUAAUCAAAAUGGAUAAAUCUGUUCUUGUAGUAAAUACUAAAUCUCUUCAAACUGUGCACACAUCAGAAUUUCCCACCUUAUAUCCUCCAAAACAAUCAAAAUAUAUUCCAGUGUGCCCCUGUGGAUGUGUGUCUAGAGUUAUAAUUGGUGAAAAUAAAGGAGAUCGAAUCCAAGAACUUGUGGAAGACCUGACAUUAGAUAAGAGAAAUUUAUCAAGUACUUUACAUAGCUUAUCUUCUAUAGAAGAUGACAGACCUAGUGCUCAGACCCUUGGUUACUCGUUAAAUAAGUUAAAUAAGUUAAAUUUUUCCACUGAUGAAAAGUAA